AUGGCGGACGGUAAGGUGCUAGUGGAGUUCGGCGAAAUUCAAAGGCAGUACCUACAAAUGGCUCCGUUGAAGGGAUUUAUUUGGAAAGUUAGUUUUAUAUCUUUCUUGUGUUAGUCGCUGAUAAGUCUUGUUCUGAGUAUUUUCGAUGUAUUUUUAGGAAAUCGAAAAAACAAACUUGGACUUUGAAGCACAGAAAAAACUACUCCACAUGGUUGGUAAGAUUUAAGAUGCAAGUUUAAUUCUUCGUGAGAAUUGCAGUUUCUAUAUUAUUUUUGCCACGUUAAUUAUGCAUACACAUAUUGUUCAAAGGAAAACAAACUAAGCCCUUGAAAUUUCAGUUACAGUUUUUCAGGGCUGUCAACCCCCCACGUCACCAAAUAUUGAGAAUUCGUAGGGAUUGGGGAAGGAAUGAUAGAUGACAUCAUGUCACACGGCAAAUGACGUCAUUUUUUGCCAAAAAUGCUCGUUGAUUCCAAUCGACAUAAAUCGCACAUAAACAGCUCAUAUUUAGCCACAUUACACAAAGGCAUACCAGGAUCUAUGAGGAAACAUUCCAUGUUGACAGUAGCUCAAACAACGCAAAAAAUUUGAAAUUUUAUGGUCGGAAAGUUGAGUCUACAAAAAAUUGCAACUUUGGCGAUUAUCCGGGAGAUAUCAGACUCUAAUCUGGAGACCGGGAGAUACGGUCCAAAAUCUGGAGUCUCCUGAAUUAUCCGGGAGAGUUGACAGCUCUGGUUUUUAUUGAGCACUGCAUGGUUUGCACGAGACAUCACGGCGGCCAUGUUGGUGGUCAAGAACAAAAGCAUCUUCCUCCUUUGGGAACUGAACUCCAUUUUCAUGUAAAUUCUUCGAGAAAAAAAAAUUCUUUUGUAUUGACCGAACAUUCAUGGCCACCUUGUCAUAUGGUUGCAAACCAAAAUAAAUAUUUUAAUUUUUUUGGAAUGCUGCAAAAUGCUGUAUUGCCAAUUUUUUUUUGGCAUUUCAUCAAUGAAAGUUUUGCUGCUUUGUUCACAGGAAGUAGUGACAGGUCUGAUCUAGUUGUUCCUUUUUUUUCCAGCCUACAGUUUCAUCAGUAUUUGUUGGAUCAUUAUAGCCUCAGUGGUGGUCAGCAGGGGUACCGUAACAUUCCAAAAAGCCCCCGGGCUUAUAUUUUUCAAAGGCCCUUUUGAGGAGCUUAUUUUUGAAGGGGCUUAUAUUUGGAGGGGCUUAUCUAUGGAGGGAAAUUUGCGUUUCAAAAUCCAUUGGGCUAGCCUUAUAGUGGGAAAGAAAUUUACCGUUUUUGCUUUGUUUUACUUUGUAUUUGAGGGCAAUUGCCAAGUACAAGCCCCUGGGGGGCUUAUAUUUGGAGGGGCGAUUUAACGGAGGGUUUUUUGCGUUAGGAAUUUGGGGGGCUUAUAUUUAGAGGGGCUUAUACACGGAGGGGCUUAUUUUCGGAAUUUUACAGUAUUUUGCGAAUACUGAAUGCAGAACACUGAAUAUAAUGACUCUGAGUUUGGUGAUUAGGGUUAGGAAACUAAGUGAAUCAAAUUCCAUUCAGGGUCAUUAAAUGCAGAAAGCAGACCUAAAUGCUGCCAAAUGACGAAUGACUGUUAAGUUCAGUGAUUAAGGUUAGGAAGCCAAAACUGAGUGUCAGGUUCCAUUUAGGGUCAUUACACUGGGAAAACAGACCUGACACUUGAUUCACUCAGGUUUCUAACACUAAUCACGAAACUUCAGAGUCAUCCGGCCUUCUGUAUUUGGUGUUUUGCGUUCGGCCCUCAGCAUUCUUCAAAAUACUCCUGCCAAGUGGUGGUUGGCGUGUGUGUUCAGUUUGAGCUUGGCUUUUUUUCCAGACAUACUACUUCACUGCAGAUUUGAGGCAUGCUCCUUCAGUGACCUACCUGAGGAUGUUUCUGAAACACAUUGUCAAGCUUUGUGAAGAAAAUGACUUUCAAAUAUCUGACCAACUUUAUGAAGCUUAUGGAGAAGUUUUAGGCAAGGUGGAACAAAGCAAUGACAAGUGUUACAAAAGUUACACCUUG